AUGCCUCUUUUCUCCCACCUCCUCCCCACCCCAACCACCACCACCUCCUCCUCCAAACCCUCCUCCCUCAUGGCUUCCUCCUCCUCCGCCGCCGCCGCCGACGCCACCAAAGACCCCCCCUCCUCUCCCUCCCCUCCCCCCUCCUCCUCCGCCCCCGCUCCCCCCUCCGCCUCCGCCCCCUCCGCCACCGCGGCCGCCGCCUCACCCUCCCCUUCGCCAUCCCCGGCCCGAUCCCCGUCCCACCUCCCUCUCCCGGCUCCCCCCUCCUCCGCCUCCUCCCGCCGCCUCCCUCCCCCCUGCUGGACCCAUGAGGAAACCCUAGCCCUCAUCGACUCCUACCGCGACAAGUGGUACGCCCUCCGCCGCGGCAACCUGCGCGCCUCUCACUGGCAGGAGGUCGCCGACGCCGUCGCCCGCCGUUGCUCGCGCCUACCACAGGCCUCCCCUAAGACCUCCGUCCAGUGCCGCCACAAGGUCGAGAAGCUCCGCAAGCGCUACCGCGCCGAGCGCCAGCGCUCCGUCGCCCACGACCCCUCCGCCCCUCCCUCCUCCUCCUGGGUCUACUUCCGCAAGAUGGACGCCAUGGAGCACGGCAGCGCCCCCUCCUCGUCCUCCGUCGCCGCCGCCUCCCGCCCGUCCUCCUCCCAUGCCCCGCCGCGCUCCCGCUCCGACGACGACGGCGAGGAGGAGGAGGAGGAGGAGGAUGGCCGCGGCCGUGCCGGCGGAGGCGGCGGCGCCAACACCCGCAGCCUCCACCGCCUUAUGGCCAACGGCGGCGGGAUCGGCGGGGGGCUCAGAUUCACCAUCCCGAAGGCGGUGCGGUCCAAGAUCACCACCGGAUCUAGGGUCGAGGAGAGGGCCCCGGCCCCGAGCGCAGGCGGCGUCGUGAACCCUAGCCCUACCACCCGGUUCUUCAAGGGCUACGGCGGGGCAAGGCCGGCUAUGGAGGAGAUGAGGAGGCGGCUGGAGAAGAGCAGGAGGAGAAGGGAGAGGGACUCGUCGGAUGCGGUCGGGGAGAUGGUCUCGGCGCUGAGGAUGCUGGGGGAUGGGUUCAUGAGGAUGGAGCAGAUGAAGAUGGAGAUGGCGAGGGAGAUGGACAAGGUGAGGAGGGAGAUGGAGUUGAAGCGCACUGAGAUGAUCCUCGAUUCCCAGCGCCGGAUCGUCGACGCCUUCGUCAAGGGUUUCUUCGGGGGGAAGAAGAGGGCCAAGGUCUCUCCCGAAGCUUGAAAAGGAUAUGGGAAAAUAUUUGGUUCUCUGGCUUUGAGGUAUUCUGAGGUAUAUCCUCGGACAUCUUUUCAGCUGUCAUAAACUCCAUGGGUGAACAAGAAUACCUCCAGGUUCCAGGUAGGCUGUGGUUUUGAUGUGAUGAUUUAAAAGGAGUUGGUAUGUAUUGACUAUUGGAUGCAGGUGUUCCGCAGGUGUACUCCUUUGAUUGUCAUCUUUUCACAUCUUAAGAAACAUGAAUCUAUUUUGACACAAACACAAAACAGCUUCUCAUUCUGUAGUACUUUGAUUGUAUUUAGGGGCAUGGUAUAAGGUGCUAUAUAACUGGGAUAUGAUUGGGGGUUUUGCA